UCCCAGGGAUGAAGCAGGCAAGCUCAGCAGGGAAGCAAGAGAGUGCUAUGUGCAGGCAGCCGUGAUUCAGAGCACAGCGGGAUCAAAGCACCUUGGAAUAAAUGCGAGUACAAGUUUUACACUAAUUGAAUCUACCUUGGAAAGCCAUGGCCGCUGCCUCUCACCUGAACUCAGAUGCACUUCGGGAAGUUCUGGAGUGUCCCAUUUGCAUGGAGUCCUUUACUGAGGACCAGCUGAGGCCCAAACUCUUACACUGUGGGCACACCAUCUGCAAGCAGUGCUUGGAGAAACUCCUAGCAAACAGCAUCAAUGGGAUACGCUGCCCCUUCUGCAGCAAGAUCACUCGGAUCACAAACUUGGCUCAACUGACCGACAAUCUCACGGUGCUGAAGAUCAUAGACACCACAGGACUGAGUGAAGCUGUGGGCCUUUUCAUGUGCAAAGCUUGUGGGAGAAGGUUACCCAGGCACUUCUGCAAGAGCUGUAAUUUGGUUUUGUGUGACCCAUGCAAGGAGAUGGAACAUCAGCAGCAAGGACAUGGUGUUGUUGCCAUUAAAGAGGCUGCGGAUGAACGGAGGAAGGAAUUUGGGGUAAAGCUCGGCAGACUUCGGGAGCUCAUGGGGGAUCUGCAGAAAAGAAAAGCAUCUCUGGAAGGGGUCUCCAAAGACGUGCAAUCCAGAUACAAAGCAGUUCUUCAGGAUUAUAGCAAGGAAGAGCGCAAGAUCCAGGAAGAACUGGCAAGGUCACGGAAGUUCUUCACAAAUUCUUUGUCUGAAGUGGAGAAGAUAAAUAACCAGGUAAUGGAGGAACAGGCUUAUCUGCUGAACAUAGCAGAGGUGCAGAUCGUAUCCCGAUGUGACUAUUUCCUUGCCAAGAUUAAGCAGGGAGAUAUAGCUCUCUUGGAGGAGGCAGCGGACGAGGAAGAGCCAGAACUGACAAACAACCUACCAAGAGAGCUGACUCUCCAAGAGGUGGAACUCCUCAAGGUGGGCCAUGUGGGGCCACUGCAGAUUGGGCAGGUGGCGAAGAAACCUCGGACAGUCAACAUGGAGGAAUCUCUGAUGGAAACUGCUGCAUCCUCAUCGGCUACAUUUAGGGAGACUGACGUGGUGCAAGAAGAGACUAGUUUGACACCAAAUUCCUCACCUGCCAAACCAAGGAUGCCUGAAACAGCCACUAGCAUCCAGCAGUGUCACUUCCUCAAGAAGAUGGGCUCCAAAGGCAGCAUGCCAGGGAUGUUCAAUCUUCCUGUCAGCGUACAUGUCACCGUACAGGGAGAGGUACUUGUGGCAGAUCGUGGCAAUUUCCGAAUCCAGGUAUUUACCCGCAAAGGUUUUCUGAAGGAGAUCCGGCGGAGCCCUAGUGGCAUUGAUAGCUUUGUGCUGAGUUUCCUUGGAGCAGAUCUACCCAAUUUGACUCCGCUAUCUGUCACCAUGAACUGCCAUGGCCUGAUAGGAGUGACUGACAGCUAUGAUAACUCACUAAAGGUGUAUACCAUGGAUGGACACUGUGUUGCAUGUCACAGGAGCCAGCUUAGUAAGCCCUGGGGCAUCACAGCUCUGCCUUCAGGGCAAUUUGUAGUGACCGAUGUGGAAGGAGGAAAGCUCUGGUGUUUCACAGUGGACCGUGGUGUUGGGGUAGUUAAGUACAGUUGCUUAUGUAGUGCUGUGCGCCCAAAGUUUGUCACUUGUGAUUCUGAAGGGACCGUAUACUUCACUCAGGGGCUGGGGCUCAACCUGGAGAACCGCCAGCAUGAGCAUCACCUCGAGGGGGGCUUUUCAAUUGGCUCCGUAGGUCCAGAUGGGCACUUAGGCCGCCAGAUCAGCCACUUCUUCUCCGAGAAUGAGGAUUUCAGGUGCAUCGCUGGGAUGUGCGUGGAUGCUAGGGGAGACCUGAUUGUUGCCGACAGCAGCCGUAAAGAAAUCCUGCAUUUUCCUAAAGGAGGUGGCUACAAUAUCUUAAUCAGGGAAGGCCUCACCUGCCCUGUGGGCAUAGCCAUUACACCUAAAGGGCAGCUGCUAGUGCUGGACUGUUGGGAUCAUUGCAUUAAGAUCUACAGUUACCAUCUGAGGAGGUAUUCCACACCUUAAGGGUGUUUCACUGGCUAAAGCUGCUCUUCUCGUUAUAGAUUCUCCCCGCCUUACCAUAAUUUGACAGAAGUUAGUGCUGCACUUUCAGGUAGAUUAUGUCCUAAUCUGAGCUGUGUCACUGUUUUGUGUUUAGAAACAAAAUAGCCUUUUUAUUUGUAUAAUUUAAAAAAAAAAAACCACCACCACCUCCUCCAUGGAGCAAAGGAUACUUAUGGAUUACUGGUUGUGGGGUAAGUGACCGAUCUCUCCCUACAUCUUACUGCCUUGUGCCGUAGCUCAUACUCCCAGCGUCAACCACUGCAUGCUGGUUUGUGCCAUAAAUAUUAACUGACUGUUCUAUAUGACCUUUCUUUAGAGGACCCGUGAGGUGGUGGUCUUCCCACCACAGUUCUCACAAGGAUCUCAGUAGCAGUUCUUCACAGACAACCACGGAAAGCUAUUUCUGAUUGCAGCGCUGCAGCUGCAUAUGACAACGCAACCUCCCUAAACUGCACCAAGGUGCAGCUUGCAUCAAAGUAAAGGGCAGGGCUGUGGCCCAAACUGAUUGUAGUAAUUAGGAGAUUAUCUUCAUGGUGCCACUAGUGAACCCCACUUGGUCCACCAGUCUCCUCAAUGUGAAGUGGGUACAGUGCAAUCAUGGAAGACUGAUGGAGCCAGAGAACUGCCCUCUGAUGGCAAAGAGAAUUUCAUUACAGUUUGAUUAGCACGAGAAAAGUAGAGCGAGAGGGGGAAUUCACAGGAGAGCCUAUUUAACAGAAUUAAUUUCAGCCUGUCAGUAUUCACAGUUGUUUUACUAUUAAAUCUGGCUUGGAACCUGUCUUUGAAGGGUAUGUUUGGUAUUUAAAGCUUUGCCAGCGGAGAGAGAAAUUGAAGUAAACAAGAUCAAAUGUGACAAAUGGCAGACAGGGGGAAGAGAAGAGGAAUGGCUGUCCCCAGCUCGAGUACCUGCUUCAGCUGGCAAAGCAGAAUUGGCUGUAAACUAGUUUCUCAGAGCUGCAUCGUUCGCAGUGGUGUUUUGCUUUUUGCCACUGUUGUGUUCAGCUCCAAAGGAGAUGAACUGGAGUAAUUAAAGAUUAUGAUGAAAUAGUUUAGCUUCUGCUUUUCACCUGGAGAUGGAACAUGUCUGAUAAUGAGUGUGUUUGAUUUUUAAAGAUUGUGUAAUAAAGGGGAAAUUGAUCCAAUUAAAAGUGCAGUACAAAUGGCUCAUCUCGUUAUUAAAAAC